UGUGCUUUCGCCUUCCCUCCGGCCGUCUUCGUCUCAGGCGCCACGUGGGACUCGCAGACAUGUCGAGUCGGCCGCUGGACGAAGCCUGAACGUUCUUCCAACAUGUCCCGCAAUACGGCCGUUACUAUUAUGUGCUGGAAUUCCCCACGAAGAAGGUACAAAUUGUACAUCGUAUAACACCAGAUCAGGAGAGUGUCUUGGCUGAAGGAAAUACCCAUAAAGAUAUAUUCUUCAAUGCCCAUAGAUCACAGCAAUAGUUGGCGAUAACAUCCUUCUCGCUGAGAAAAACAGAAAAAACUAGAAGGCCAGAACCAUCGCCAGAAUUCAUCUUCGGCCACAACACAGCUGCCGAUCAAUCCGCCCUGACCUUUGACCCCAGAACGAGUGUGACGCCGACACACUCCCCCCCGACGCCCUUCCUCCACCGACGCCAAGCACAGCAACAUACCGAAGCUGGAGUGUCCAAACCCCGCGGCGCUCAUGGCUUCCCAGGGAACCCACCCCGCGUGCCUAUUCCUCGCCCUCACGCUGCUGGUGACGACGGCCGCCACCAUGAUCCUGUGCUCCGCCAUCCUCACCAACCACUGGGAGGUCAUCACCUUCGACAAGGCGGAGGUGGAGGCCAUCGCCACCAAGCACAACACGUCGCACAUACUCAGCUGGCUCUGGGGCGGCAAGGUCGGCAUGGUGAGCAUUGAGCUCCACCAGCCUCUGAAGCUGAGGCAACAGGACGCCGGGUCUCAGGCUUACAUGGGUUCCCACUCACACAGCAUUAGAUUCCGGCGGCAGACAUCCAAAGUCAUCUACCUCGUCCCAAUGCAUGGGGGCAUCUGGACCCUCUGCGUGGGGCUCUCAGUGCAAGAGCAGAACGAACUCCAAGACCUGGGCUUCCCACUCAGCGGCUGUAUCAAUUACCUGUCUCCCCACUUCGCCGCCAGCGGGGAGAAAAAUGACUGGGUUCAGAGGAUGCAGAACCUGAGUAUCUCGUGUGCUCUGGUGUGCUGUAUUCUCUUGGGCGCGUCGGCUGUGGUCGGCACUUUUGGGAUCAUAAAAAGGCAGAUUUCAGCCGUUCUCAUAACAGGUGUCAUGUACAUCCUAGCAGCAACGUUUGGCCUCUUCUGCCUCUCAAUCAUGCACUUCAAGAGGAAGACUAAGAAAGACUGUGGAGUGCUGGAUUCUCAGGUGACGCCCGAAUACAGCUCGGCUCGCGUGUUCCAGACGGGGUGGUCCCUCGACCUGGGAUGGGGCGGCGUAGUGACAUGCCUGGUGGCGGCGCUGCUGUGGCUCCUGUUGGCUCGCAUCAUGCGCUACAACCCCAUUUCUCUUUCCUGAUGUCACCUCUGCCCACGCCCUUGCUCUCGUCCCCUCCGCCGCGCUCUCUUCGCCUGCCUCCGCGCCUGCCUGUGCUGCGGCUCAGCCAAGCACAUCUCGCCGGAGAUCUACUAGUCCCUUCGACACUCCCGACGGGCUCGACGACCUCGGCGCGUCGGGCCCCGUACUCGGAGAGAGCAGCAGCGAGACGUCCAUUUGAUUACGCUGGAUAGCAUCAG